AAGAUAUUAAAUUAUGGUGGUAUUAUAACCGAAAUAUUGGUGCCUGAUAAAAUUGGUAAAACUGAAGAUAUUUGCCUUGGAUUUGAUGAUAUGGAAGGAUAUGAAAAGCGAAGUCCAUACAUGGGAGCUAUAAUUGGUAGAGUGGCUAAUAGAAUAGCUAAUGGAAAGUUUGAAUUAGAUGGAAAGAAAUACUCUUUGUUUAUCAACAAUGGACCCAAUUCUUUACAUGGUGGUAAAAUAGGAUUUGAUAAGGUGAUAUGGAAAUCUGAGAUUAAAGGCAAUGUUCUAUCAUUAUCUUAUGUUAGUGCAGACGGAGAGGAGAACUAUCCAGGGGAAGUAACUAUUAAUGUUGAUUAUGAAUUAGAUGAUGAGAAUAAAUUAUCCCUUCACUAUAAAGCAACUACAACUAAAGCUACACCAAUAAAUCUUACCAAUCAUACAUAUUUUAAUCUUGCUGGUCAUGCAAAUGGAGUGAUAGAUGACCAUGUUGUUACCAUUCAUGCUGAUAGUUAUCUUCCCUUAGAUGAUAGUUCUAUACCCACAGGUGAAAUCAGGAAAGUUGAUGGUAGUUUAAUGGAUCUAAGAUCAGGUAUUAAGAUGGGAGAGAGAUUAAAUACUGUUAAUAAUGGUAUAGGAUAUGACAAUAAUUUUAAUCUCAAUGUAACAGGAAAAUUAGAGUUAGCAGCCAGAGUAGAACAUCCAGUCUCUGGUAGAUAUAUGGAAUGUUAUACUACUACUCCAGGUCUACAGUUUUAUACAAGUUAUUAUUUUGAUGAUAUUCUUGGUAAAGCUGGAGCAGUUUAUAAAAGAUUUGGUGCCUUAGCUCUGGAAACACAGGGCUACCCUGAUGCUGUGAACCAUAAAAAUUUUCCCAGUGUAAUAUUACGGCCAGAAGAAACUUAUCAACAUCAUACAGUCUUUCAGUUUGGUACAAUUUAA